CGGCAAAAGACUCAGCCCAACACAACAACCCAUAUCGUCACGCACGCUACUUUCGCACCAAAUCCAGCCUCACAUUUCUUCAAACACAUGGCAGCCACUCUCUCCGUCCGGCCCAACCGCCUCUCCGCCGGCUCCUCCUUCCCUCGCCCGCCCCUCCGCCGCCCCGGACCCACUGGAAUCCGAAAACCGGCCAUGCAAUUCGAGCCUUGGAGGGGCUCCAUCGCCCCAUCCCGCCGCACAUUAACCUGGGCUGCCACGGCCGCCUCCAGAGCCGACGACAACGCACCGUUCGAGAUGUCAGUCGAGAACGCCCUCAAGCUCCUCGGCGUCUCAGACGGCGCCUCGUUCGAUGAAAUUCUUCGCGCCAAGAACUCGAUUGUCGCAGCUUGUAAAGAUGACCAGGAGGCGAUUGCACAGGUUGAGGCUGCGUACGACAUGUUGCUUAUGAGAAGCUUAACUCAGCGACGGGCAGGGAAAGUUGUGAAUAGCAGUGUUCGUUAUGCUGAUGUUAAGCCAGUGAGUGCUCCUGGGAUUGGAUCAGUGCCGCAGUGGCUGCAGGCUACUGUGAAGAAUCCACCUAUUGCAGUGGAAACGCCCUCGACAAGUGAUCUGGGUGUACAAGUUGGUGUCUAUGGAGCUUUGAUGGCCUUAACUUAUGUCAAUGGAGCUUCCGGUUCUUCUUCGGGGCCGUAUGGAGGGGCUGAUGUUCCUGGACUGAUCCUGGCUGGUAGCUUUGGAGCUUCCUUGUACUUCAUGACCAAAAAGAAUAUUAAGUUAGGGAAGGCGACCAUCAUAACUGUAGGGGGGCUUGUUGCUGGUGCCGUGGUGGGUUCAGCUGUAGAGAAUUUUCUCCAAGUAGACAUUGUUCCAUUUCUUGGCAUCCACUCUCCUGCUGCCGUAGUAAGCGAAUUCAUAAUUUUUUUGCAAUUAGUGGUCUCCCUAUAUUUACGGUAAAACAGCAUUGUAUCUGUGACUUGAAUGGUGAAAUCUGUAAUUAUUCAUUGGCAAGAUCAUAUCAAGCUCUAUUUAGGAUGUAUACCGUUGCAUGUUGUACAAAACUGACAAUAGAAAGUAGUGGAACUUCUCGUUCUAUCGGUCAUCC